AUGUUUAAGCUCCUCUCGGCCCUCAUGGUGCACGAAGGCCUGCACAGCGGGGACAGGUCCUUCAAGUGUAAGGUCUGUGCCAAAAUCUUUCACUGUAAGGCUAUCCUCCUGGAACACAUGAAGAUCCACACGGGAGAGAAGCCCUUUGUUUGUGAGGACUGUGGCAAGGCGUUCACUCAGCAGUCCACGUUGACGGUGCACCGACGCAUGCACAGUGGAGAGAAGCCUUACGCGUGUCAGGAGUGUGGGAAAACCUUUAGUUCCUCCUCACAGCUUUCCUCGCACAGAAGAGGUCACAGCGGAGUGCGACCUCACACCUGUCAAGUGUGUGGCAAGACCUUCCGGGAUUCUGGUAACCUCAGUAAGCAUGCCGCCGUUCACAGUGACGAGAGGCCUUUCGCCUGCAAGCAGUGUGGGAAAACCUUCAAAAACAAGUCCACGCUCCUCGUCCACGGCCAGACCCACAGUUCAGAGCGGCCGUACGCCUGUCAGGAGUGUGGCAAGGCCUUCCGCCGUCUGUUGCACCUGACUGCGCACACGCGCAUUCACACUGGAGAGAGGCCUUACAGGUGUGAGCACUGCGGAAAAACCUUUAACCAUUCUUACUCCAUCCAGGAACACCUGAGAAUUCACACUGGGGAGAGGCCCUACAAAUGUGAGGAGUGUGGGAAAGGCUUCAUUAGUUCCUCGGAUCUGAAUAAGCACACAAAAAUACACAGCACCGAGAAGCCUUACAAGUGUCAGAUGUGUGGGAAAGGCUUCCGGCUGUCCACGGCCCUCAACGCCCAUAUGAAAACGCACAGUGCGGCGAGACCCUACGAGUGUAAGGAGUGUGGAAAGACCUUCCGAAGUUCCUCGCACUUCAAGUCCCACAGACGUUUUCACACGGGGGAGAGACCAUAUGCCUGUCAGCAGUGUGACAAGAGCUUUCGAGAUCUCUCUGUUCUCCGCAAUCACGAGCGGUUGCAUGGUUCAGAGAGGCCUUAUGCGUGCGAGGAGUGUGGGAAAACCUUUAAAUGUUCCUCCUUUCUCAGCAAACACAGGAAAAUCCACAGCGGAGAGAAGCCUCAUGCAUGUGACCGAUGUGGAAAGGCGUUUGGCCUUGCCUCACACCUCCGUGUGCAUCAGCGAUUUCACACUGUCCCGGUCGUCCAGCUGCGCCACUUGAGCGGCCGCUGCGGCUCCUGGACGCGGGGUGGAGGCGGGGGUGUAUCCUGUGCAGGUGAGAUCGCGACCUUUGCAGGUGGGAUCGAGACCUUUGCAGGUGCGAUCGCGGCCUUUGCAGGUGAGAUCGAGGCCUUUGCAGGUGCGAUCGCGACCUUUGCAGGUGAGAUCGAGACCUUUGCAGGUGCGAUCGCGGCCUUUGCAGGUGAGAUCGAGGCCUUUGCAGGUGCGAUCGCUGCCUUUGCAGGUGAGAUCGAGACCUUUGCAGGUGGGAUCGAGACCUUUGCAGGUGCGAUCGCGGCCUUUGCAGGCCUUCGGUGUGGCCCAGCAGAACGCAUCCAGUCCAGGCCGCUGGGCAUCCAGGCGGACCAUCUUGGUCUGUCUGUCCAGGCCAAGCAUUUACAGCCCUUCCAGCACCGUGAAGCAAGUGUGGACCAAGUGGGCAUGGCUGGGAUCACGGUUCUUAUUCACCCACAGACCUGGCGUCGUGAUCACCCCAUCCUGGCGGACCUUGGUAUUGUCACCUAA